AUGACAAUGACUAUCCAGCAACACCUUGCCAACCAUCCACCUCCACCAGAGACCCAGGAUCCUUCUCAGAAGAUCGAGUAUCUGGACACGGUGGAGGCGUAUGACAAGUGGGCCGAGGUCUACGACACAGAUGGAAAUUUCCUGCAACGGCUAGACACCAUCGAGAUGCGUAAGCUGCUCCCCCGGUUCCUGGAGCGGGUGCGGGCCCGGUUCGAAACGGACCACUCGUCGCUGGUGGAUUUGGGGUGUGGGACGGGGAGGAAUACAAUCCAGCUGCUGGAUGCACUUUCUGCGCAAGAUAAUGACAAUAAUAGCUUUGCCCCGGCGGUUUUUGGUGUUGAUGCGUCGCCGAAGAUGUUGGACGCUGCGCAGCGCGCGAUUGACGCAUCGAUAGCGGCGAAGAAAACGGGCCAACAAACGACAGAGAUCUCAUUGGCGAUCUUUGAUCUAUUAAACUUUGCCUCGAGCAUCCCGCAACUACCGUCCGCACUCCGCGACGGGGGAGCUGUGGGCGUGAUAUCCACGCUGGUGCUGGAGCAUAUCCCCGCGAAGGUCUUCUUCGAAGCGGCAUCCUCGAUCAUGAAGCCGGGGGCAUAUCUACUCGUCACGAACAUGCAUGCUGAGAUGGGCGCGCGCAGCCAAGCCGGCUUCACGGACCCGGCUACUGGGGUGAAGAUCCGGCCGACGAGUUAUUGCCAUUCUAUCCCGGAAGUGCUGGCUGCGGCUGACGAGGCGGGAUUCCAGGUGGAGGAUUUGGUUGGGCAGGAUGGUGACGGAGGGUUCUUGGUUAAGGAUGUCGAUGAGCGGUUAGGGGAUCUAUUGGGUGUCAGAGCGAAGAAGUGGGUGGGAGUGAAGGUGUGGUUUGGAGUGUGUUUUAGCAAGAGACAGUGA